CUCAGCGAAUCUGCAAGGCGAGGGGGGGGGCGGAAGUGUUUCUUUUCUGUGUGUCCACAAGCAAGUAGAGAGAGUGUGGUAAACGAUCUUCCCACUCCGAAGCUCCACCCUGCAGGAGGUCGUCCGCCGGGAAACCGAAACUUAAGGGCGACGGCGGGGGGCGCGCUCCUAGGCCGUCUUGUCCCGUCCCGUCUAUCUAGUCUCGCGCACUCGCAGCCGCGCGCUCCCGCCGACAGGACUCCCUCUUUCGUCCGUAUGGAAAACGCGCAGUUCCAACCCGAGUUCCUGCCCCUGCAGGGGGGCGCCUACGAACGGCUGAAAGAGCCCGGAGAUGCGCGGACCUUUGGGAGAGCAGCCGCACCUCCGCUGUCGUCGUCGCCGCUGCCGCGCGACCACGUCGUGUGGUCCCUGUUCAACCUCGUGUACAUGAACCCGUUUUGUCUGGGACUGGCCGCGCUCUACUUCUCCAUCAAGGCCCGGGACCGGAAGGUCACAGGUGACCUGGAAGGAGCGCGAGAGUAUGGGUCGACUGCCCGCUGCCUCAACAUCAUCGCCCUGUGCCUCACCUUGUCCUUGGCUGUGCUCCUCAUUUUCCUCCUGUUCAUGGGGGUCAUGACCCUUUACUGAAGGCCCACUUGAUGAUCCAGGAGACCUAUGGCAGGUGAAGAUGGGGGGGCCCCAGACUGGUGUUUGCACUCUGGAGUCAUGUUGCACUGCUGCUGUUCCACUUGCCAAUGAUCCUUCAGUAAACAUUGGCACAGGUUCACAUGAAUGAAUAAAGGACUAAACCAGAGUGUUGCUUU